AUGGUGCACUGCGCCGGCUGCAAAAGGCCCAUCCUGGACCGCUUCCUCCUGAACGUCCUGGACCGGGCUUGGCACGUCAAGUGCGUCCAGUGCUGCGAAUGUAAAUGCAACUUGACCGAGAAGUGCUUCUCGCGGGAAGGGAAACUCUACUGCAAGAACGACUUCUUCAGGUGUUUUGGUACCAAGUGCGCUGGCUGUGCGCAGGGCAUCUCUCCCAGCGACCUGGUCAGGAGAGCCAGGAAUAAAGUGUUUCAUUUGAACUGUUUCACCUGCAUGAUGUGCAACAAGCAACUCUCCACUGGCGAGGAACUUUAUAUCAUCGACGAGAACAAGUUUGUCUGCAAAGAAGAUUACCUGAGCAACAGCAACACUGCCAAAGAGAACAGUUUGCACUCAGCCACCACGGGCAGCGACCCCAGCCUGUCUCCAGACUCCCAAGAUCCCUGCCAAGACGACGCCAAGGACUCGGAGUGCGCCAACGUGUCCGACAAGGAGGUGGGCAGCAACGAGAACGACGACCAAAACCUGGGGGCCAAGCGGAGGGGCCCCCGCACCACCAUCAAGGCCAAGCAGCUGGAGACCCUCAAGGCCGCCUUCGCCGCCACCCCCAAGCCCACCCGGCACAUCCGCGAGCAGCUGGCGCAGGAAACCGGCCUCAACAUGCGCGUCAUCCAGGUGUGGUUCCAGAACCGGCGCUCCAAGGAACGGCGCAUGAAGCAGCUGAGUGCGCUGGGGGCCCGCCGGCACGCCUUCUUCCGUAGCCCCCGCCGCAUGAGGCCGCUGGUGGACCGCUUGGAGCCGGGCGAGCUCAUCCCCAACGGGCCCUUCUCCUUCUAUGGAGAUUAUCAGAGUGAAUACUACGGCCCCGGAAGCAACUACGAUUUCUUCCCGCAAGGACCUCCUUCCUCUCAAGCGCAAACGCCGGUCGACCUCCCAUUCGUGCCCUCCUCGGGGCCGUCAGGAACACCUCUCGGGGGGAUGGACCACCCUUUGCCCGGACACCACCCGUCGAGCGAAGCGCAGCGUUUUACAGAUAUCAUGUCCCACCCGCCUGGAGACUCACCCAGCCCAGAACCCAACCUUCCCGGUUCCUUGCAUUCCAUGUCGGCAGAGGUUUUUGGCCCCAAUCCUCCGUUUUCCUCGAUAUCCGUGAACGGCAGUGCAAAUUACGGCAGCCACUUGUCACAUCCACCCGAAAUGAAUGAGGCAACGGUAUGGUAGCUUUAACUGCGGGGACUGGACGGAGACUUAAGCGC